ACCUUUUGAAAACGUCGAAGCAAAAUUAAAUUCUCGUAGAAAUUAGAUUCAGUGCAACGUGAUAACAGGUAAUUAUAUGCUCCUAGUAUACUCCGUAGCAUGAUUUCCAUAUUCCAUAACCUCCCGAAUAUUUCAUCCACGUAGAUUGUGCGCAAUUCAAAAUUCAAGGACCGACCGAACAUUGCACCUUACCCAGCGCCUCUCAAAUCAAAAGGCAGUUACUAGUCAACUGUGCUGACACGCGUUUGCCUGUCAGCACAAAGACAGACAAUCAAAUUUCGGUGAUGCACAGCUAAAGCACUAGACACAAUAAUUUGAGACCAAAACCGAAUUUGCUACAAAAAUAUAAAAAUUAAUCAAAAUCUGCACCAAGAUGAUGCUUAUGCAAUUCAGUAAGCGUGUCUGCUACAACCAUGGCGGAGUGAUACGCCGCACACUGGUGGAUUACUCCUCAGAGACACUUCUGAGCCCUGACAAUCUCCUGCGAGCUGCUAGUAAGUUUGAAGCCCUUCCUCUGAUCCGCAUGCAGACCACGCCAACCCGACGAAAGGCAGCCGUACUGAUUCCUCUGUGCGAAGUCUCGGACCGUGUGUCCCUGCUGUUCACGCUGCGCACUUCAUCGUUGCGCUCGCACAAAGGUCAGGUGAGUUUCCCCGGUGGCAUGCAGGAUGUGAUGGACAAAACACUGAAAGCCACCGCGUUGCGCGAAACGCGCGAGGAGCUUGGUGUCCUGCCAUCACAGGUGAAGCUCUGGGGCCAAGGCCAGCCGAUUGUCGCACGCGGCGAGACAAGCGUCGUGCCUGUCAUCGGCACCAUCGAGAAAUCGGUGCCGUUGAAUGAGUUGAAUGUGAAUGCGUCUGAGGUACAGAUGGUGUUCACCGUACCUAUUGAAGAGCUUGCCAGACCUGAGAAGGUGCGCUUCACGCAAUUCCGAAGUGGUUUUACAACGCCGUGUUUCUUCGCUGGUGAUAUGCGAAUAUGGGGCCUGACGGGCAUCAUCACGCAUGCUUUUCUCAGGUGUUUUAUCCCCGGUAAUGCGUACCAGCCGAGGAUUCGUUUUGUGUCACCUGUACGCACGAUUGCCAAAGGAGCAUCAGAAUGAAGAGCGCAAACAUUUCUGGUCUCAAAUUAUCUCCUGUGAAGUUUUAUUGAAAAUAUCAACAUGUAAUUACCUGUACAAAAUUAUCCUAGUUUUGUUAUAAAAUCAAACUCAUUUUA